GGGAUUUCGUGAUGACGUUUACGGAAGUUUUCAAAUAUCCACAGUGUCAACGUGCCGUGAGAAAAGCCGUUUGGAUAAGUUUUUACUAAUUGCUAUAUUUUGACCUCGUCGGGAUUAACUACAAUGAAUUCUGUUUUAAUUAACGCAAUCUUGUCUACUUCUCCUAACUACGAGCUUCUGUUUGACUCCCUGUGCUGGCCAGCUGACGCGUGGCCGGAGAUGGAGCGCGUUGAGGCACUGACAGCUUUCAUAGAAGGACUCGAGCAAAUUGUUGUUCAAUCAGAAACGAAUUUGUUGACAACCGCAAAAAGACAAUGUAUCCUAGAAAAAAAAACUUCUAUCAUUUGGACGCAUUGCUUGCCUCUUCUCUCCAGGAUAUCAGCAGAAACUGAUGAUGUGCGAUAUAGGGAGAGUACAGCAGCUGUCUGCAGACUUGUGGCCAUCUGUGUCCGUUUAUGUGACCCGGCUGUGGCGGGCAGAGCCGCUCUGACCGUCCUGCCUUCGCUCCAGCUGUCAAAUGAGGACCAACCCAACGUGGAGAGACUCGGUGUGGAGGUGGCUAGUGAAGUCCUGGCUGCCCUCCUACCUUGCUUAUCUGGAGACGAGCAGCUCAUGUCGAGCAUUUUGUCGUGUGUCUUGUCGGGCAUUAGAACUAUUCCAGACUGGUUGCUCUCCCGGGUCACCGUCCGGCUCAUGUUAGCCCUGCUCGGCUGUUGCAAUAAUGCAGUGCACGGCAGCAUCCUCAACAAGACUUUGAACGAGCUGUGCACCUGGCACGCAUCGGAGCGCACACCGGCCGUAACUGAGCGAACACUUCUGUGUUUGACCUCCCUGUCAGACCACCUGCUGGCACCUACUGAGCCAGACCCUCGGCCCUGUCUCCGCUUCUGGUGGGUGGUUCAGGACGGACUUAUCCACAGAGACAGCGUGUCCCGAAAGAGGGCACUGUACCUGCUCAAAAGGUGCGUGGCAUCGUCACAGGAGCAGGGAGUCGACUGUCCUGCACAACAAGGAAAUGAUGAGGAAAUCUUGUUCAAAUGGACCGCCGAAAGCAGCAAGAUGCUCAGACAGUUCUGGGAGGAUUAUGUUCUGGUGAUGGAGACGUUGGAGGAAAAUCAGGUCCAUGUUGUCCGCCCGGUUCUGAACAGAAUAGACUCUCUUAUCCAAACUACAGCAAAUGAAGGUCAGGAUCUCUUCCAUCCAUCAUGGUUGCUUUGUGUGUACCAGCGGAUGUUUCACAGUGAGAAUAAAACCUUAAUGCGAGCGGGAGUGUGUCACCUGCUUGAACUUAAAAUCCUCCAACAGCCAGCCUUUGCUUCAGCUUUUUCUCAGUUUGUUGUUGGGCCCUUUAUGGAGGUUCUGUCAGAAACAUCGCUCUUCUGCAAGGCAGGUGGCCAGCAUGUUGGGGACUGCCCUGAGCUGGCAAGUAAACUCCAAAUCUUCCUGAAGAACUUCUUCAGCAGCCUGCCAACAGAGGACAGAGGCCGCGUCCUGCUGCAGAUGAUCCAGCAGCUUGGAUCCAAGCAUUGGUGUGCAGUGCCCCUCCUUUUUAUAUCUCAGGCCCUGUCCACACUUGCUUCAAGUCCACUAUUGGCGAUUGAGGGGCUCACUGCUCUCAGGGAGGUGCUGCGCUGCACCAUGAUCACACAUCAAGUCCUCCUGAGAGGCGCAGCUCAGUGCUUCUUAUUGAAGAGCGCCCUCUGUCUCAUAGAUGUGAGCACAGUGACCCUCGACGACAUCUUUACCUUCCUGGGCAAUUUCCGGGCAGACGAGUCACUUUGUCGUGGCACAGCCCUUUGGAAUGAGGUGUGUGUCUGGCUCUCAAGCAAUGACGGCAAUUUUAAGAUGAAACCAAGUGGUCAAGAGGGUGCCUCUUCAAGCAAGAAAACCAUAAAAGCACAUGUUCAAGGCAAAAUACACGAAUUUCUAAGUGUUCCAGUAUGCACUGGUCAGACACAGAGCUUACCUGACCCCAAAGAAGCAGAUAAGUUGGCCAUGUCCAUUCUGCUGUUAAGUGACAUUGAGAGGAGUCAAGCUGGAUCGAAGAUUGGUGACGAGCUCCAGUUCUUACUAUCUCCACUGGUGGACACUCUGAGCCGGGUCGGUUCCAAUCUCUACAUGCCCCUGAAGAAGAGUGACAAGAGCUUUCAGCUUGUCCUCCGACUGCUACAGCUCAGAGAAACAUCAAAAGUGGAUGAAGUGACAGCUGCUUUGGAGCGGCUUAUUUUUCAGUGCGGAGAUUCAAUGCAGGAGUUUAUCAUGAGGCGUCUGUGUGGGGAAAUGAUGGAGUUGUGUGACGUUCAGCGGGCCGAGCUGUAUUUGAGUGUCUUCAAGCAGCUGUCCAUGCACCGUUCUACAAUUCAACAAGCUUGCUUUCCGAAACUCAUCAAAUAUAGUCUCAGCAUCCUGCAAGAACCGCCCCAGCAGUUUCCCUCAGUGGCGAGCCAGGUGGCCAAAGCAGUUGCUAUGGCAUCGCUUGCCAUGGUAUGUCACCUAAUGGAGCAGCAGACAAUUGGCCCAGAUACUUUUUCUCUUUUAAAACAACUGAAUGAGCACUUCUACAAGCCAAUGCCGUCUCUCUGGCAAAGUCAUUCACCUCUGGGACGCUUCAAUGAGAGGCUCCUAAAACCUCACACAGCAUGCAGCUUGAGCAAUGAAGGUGGGCAAGGCCCUCUCCUGCAGGACUGGGGUCGCACAGCUGCCCACUUCAUGCGGGACCAGUGGAUUUGCCUGAAUUUUCUCAUCAAAACACUCAUGCUUCGGGAUUCCGAGGUCCCCAGAAACACAGAGACUGCUGUCGCCGCUCUGAGCUGCUGCGUGGAUGCUCUCGCCCUGCUGCCCAGUGACCUGGUACUGCCUGUUCUCACUUUCAUGGAGACGGUGUUGCCACAAUUAGUGCAGGAAAAUGAGGCCCUCUGUGUGGAAGCUGUGAGUCGGACCUGGGAGCUGGUACAUGGGCUCAGCAAUAACGCCCAUGAUUUCUGGCCUGCCCUCAAAGGCUUCAUCUCAGUCGCUUUCCAUCAAACGCUGCUGCUCCUCACAGAUAGUCAGGCCCCCGUGCUGACAGCAACCGUGAAACAGAUUGCUACUGAGAUCAUCGAGCUGUCUGAGUCCAAGAAUGGCGUAUUUAGUGUUCUGCUGCAACACUGUUGUCAGACAUGGUUGCCUGAUAGUGAACAAAGCAGUAACCAGGCCGACGGAAUUUUCUCCAGUGUUUUUAGUCAUAUCAACAUCAUGGCUGAAGGCUGCGUUUAUGGGCCUGUGUUCAGGAGAGAUCAACGGCUUGUUCAAGAUGUCCAGGCAUACGUAGAGCAACUUGGUGCGGUGUGUGCCACCAACACUGUCGUCGCCAGUGACAACAGAGAUGAGCAGUUACCUCGCAUGUGCACCUUAGCUUUCCUCAGCCGUCUGGAUGCUUCAAACAGUCUGCACCAACGACUGGUGGAGCAGCUGGUUGUCAUUCUCUUAGAAAAGGACAAGAACAUGUCAAAAUCAUCGCGCAUCUCUAGUAACUCUCUACAACACCGGGUGAAAAACAGAGUAUGGCAAACACUGCUAAUGAUGCUGCCCAAAUUCAAAGAGGAGUUUGUGGCCUCUAUACUGAGCAGUAUCUUUGAGGCUGGCUUCUGCAGUAACCAGGCUUCAGUCAAGUAUCUAAUUGAGUGGACAGUGAUUCUGAUCCUUAUCCGUUAUCCACAACAAAUAGACAAUUUUUGGGCCUGCUUCAACAUGCAUCAUGAAGGAACCAAGACUGGCAUCUGCACCCUCCUGGCAGUCCUCGUGCAUUUCGGCGUCAUCAUUCCCACCCUGAACAAUCCAGAUAUGCAUUUGGCAAAAGCACUGGACAUCACCCUUCAGUGGUGUUUCCACCACAACUUUAGCGUGCGUCUCUAUGCCCUGCUGGCUUUGAAGCGGAUAUGGAGCUUGGUUGAGGUCCAAGGAGAGAAGACAGUUCAUGAUUUGAAGGGGCUGUCCACUGCAGUUAAGGCCUGUCUGCACCAGACUGAGGCCUUGAAGAACACUGGGAAUGCAAACAAGAACUGGACCAGGAUUCAAGAGCACUUUUUCUUUGGUGCCUUUCAUCCAAUCAGGGAUUACAGCAUUGAGACGAUAUUCUACACUUUUCCAAGUCUUUCAGGUUUAGCUGAUGAUGAGUGGAUUGCCCCUUGGAAGCUGGAGAAGCUGUCCUGCUUUUUUCAGAUGCCUCCUUUGAGGAAUUCCAGUCCUGACCUGAGCCAGCUCCAGCCCGGAGACUGGAUCCAGCAGGAUAAAAGUGAGGAGGACAAGGAGGAGCGCUGGGCAGAGGUGCAGAAGAAAAUAACCCCCUGGUGUUUGGACAUCCAGGGGCAGGACCCGGACCUUCAGCUGGUUCUGCAGCAAAGAGCGGCUCGCCUUGGCAAACAACAUGGUGCCCUGCUGGUGGUCGCCUCACUCAUUGACAAACCCACUAACCUUGGAGGUUUGUGCCGGACUUGUGAGAUCUUUGGUGCCAGUGCGUUGGUCCUGGACAACCUCCGUCACAUCAACGACAAACACUUUCAAUCCCUCAGUGUCUCAUCUGAACUUUGGCUUCCUCUCCUAGAGGUAAAGCCAUUGGAGCUGGCAGACUUCCUGCAGAUGAAAAAGAGUGAGGGCUACUGCAUUGUUGGUGCGGAGCAGACCUCCAACAGUCAGAGCCUUCAGGACUACCGGUUUCCCGAGAAGACUCUGCUACUUCUUGGCAAUGAACGAGAAGGCAUUCCUGCCAACUUGCUCCAGCUGCUCGACGUGUGCGUUGAGAUCCCUCAGCAAGGGGUCAUCCGCUCGCUCAACGUGCAUGUGAGCGCUGCCCUGCUGAUCUGGGAGUACACUCGCCAACGCCUCGUCAGCACCUCCAGUCAAGACAAGUCAAAACACGGCUGAAGAACCAAACCACACGACAUCUGGUCCUAAGGUGUUUGCGUCUUAACAGUCACCAAAUGUAGUGGUUCACUUUUAACUGCAAGCCACAGUACAAACACAUCAGCCUGUUCAUCAUGUAAAUUUGUCCGUGGUCUUUGUACGCGUACAUUUCCGGUGCCUUAAUGGGUCAUGAAAUGGAGAUCAACACUGCUUAUUCCAUCCAAGUAUUCCACUGAGCAUCGUGUUGGAAUAGUAAAACCAUUUUCUGUGCCUGCAGAGAAGCAGCAGCAAUUCAAUUUUUUACUGUGUUAUCCACUGAGGCAAUUACUUUUUGACUCACAGGGACUUUAAAAAAACACUGCAUAAAAUAUGCUGCACUCAAAAAGCAUUCGUCGUUGACUUGAUAUUUUUAUGUAAAACGGUGCCACUGGGUGUUUUUUUUUUUCCUGGUCCCCUUCACUUUCUGUGUUUCUCAUCAGGGUCGCAGAUGAGUUGGAGCCGAUCCCAGCUGACUCAGUGCGAGAGACGGCACAGGGCACAUAGACAAACAACUAUUUACAUUCACAUUCACUUGUGUAUAGUUUAGAGUUUGGGGAUUUUCCAGUCUUAACACAAAAAUAUCUGCGAUUGGCUGGCAAGCGGUUCAGGGUGUCCCCCGCCUACUGACCGAAGACAGCAGGAAUAGAAUCCAGCACAUCCCGCGACCCUUGUGAAAAUGAAGCGUAUCAGAAAUUGGAUGGAUGGAUGGAACACAAAAAUAUUACUUUUUAAACUUGACUAACAAAAUACAAUUGUGUGGUGAGAGAAAAAUAUAAAUCACAAACUCAGUACUUCAUUUUUAGUUAGAUGUGUUUAAUACAUUUGUUUAAGUGAUUAGCCCAUCUGUCUUAAAUUUUUCAGGCUUGGGGUUUGAAUCUGGGCUCCAGCCAUCCUUUGUGAAGUUUUUUUUUUGUCAUCCUUGUGCUUGUGUCCGUUUGGUCCGGGUCUUCUGGCUCCCCUGCCCCAGUUCUAAACACAUCCUGGUUAGGUUGAUUGAUGACUCGAAAUUGAAUUUAGGUGUGAAUGUGAGUGUGAAUGCUUGUUUGUAUGUGUACCUUGUGAUUGACUGCCCACCAGUCCUGCAUCUUGCCCAAGUCAGUUGUAGGUUUCAGCCCACACAUAAGCAGUAUAGAAAUGAAUAGAUCAAUGUACAGGUAGAUUGAGUUGUUUGUGAGAGCUAGACAGUUUUACAGUAAUGCAGUUUUGUGGAGCUUGCAGUCAGCAAGAAAUGUCUGUGCUUGUCAAUUGAAAAGUUUUCAGUGUUUUAAACUGUAUAUAGAUUUUAAGUAGGAAUGUUUGUGUAAAUAAAAGUUUGCCUGAA